GGAAGGUUAGGGCGCAUCGGGAUACUGGGCAAGCGGUAGAGAUUGCAGCCUCGUUUCAUUGCAUCGGUUUGUUUAGAAACGAAAACCAAUGCUCGCUUGAUUGGAAAAGGUGUCUCCCUAGGGCCUACCUUGGCAGCUAGUUGACCAGACGGCCCUUUCAUCAUGGCUGUGUCACGGCUGGAGGCCGUGUCCCUGUCUAUGCCUGGUCUUCUCCUUCUCCUGAGCGUUCAUCUCGCUGUCUCCCAGCAUUCCCUCCCACCUCCUGGAGAGGAGCCUCAGCAGCAGUGUUCCAGGAGAGUGCACCCCGUCGUCUCUUACCAGGCGUUGAGGCCCUGGGUUUCUAGUUUCAGUUUUGCAGGAGUUCAGGACUACUCCCAACUAGCACUGGACAUAAAUAGAAAUCAACUGAUAGUAGGAGCAAGAAACUACCUCUUCAAACUGAGUCUUUUCAAUAUCUCGCUUAUACAGGCAACAGAAUGGGGCCCAGACGAAGACACUAGGCGGUCCUGUCGAAGCAAAGGGAAGACAGAGGUGGAGUGCCAGAAUUAUAUCCGGGUGUUGCUUAUCAGUGGCAAGAAGUUGUUUACCUGCGGCACCAAUGCAUUUUUACCAAUUUGCACAACUAGACAGAUAGGGAAUCUGAGCAGGGUGAUUGACAGGGUGAAUGGGGUGGCUCGCUGCCCCUACGACCCCCGGCACAACUCCACGGCGGUGGUGACGUCACGGGGGGAGCUGUAUGCCGCCACCGUCAUCGACUUCUCAGGGCGAGACCCCGUCAUCUACCGCAGCCUGGGGAACAUGCCCCCGCUCCGCACGGCGCAGUACAACUCCAAGUGGCUCAACGAACCCAACUUCAUUGCUGCCUACGACAUCGGCUUGUUCACGUACUUCUUCCUGCGAGAGAACGCCGUGGAGCACGACUGUGGGAAGACAGUGUACUCGCGGGUGGCGCGGGUCUGUAAGAACGACCUCGGGGGGAGGUUCUUGCUGGAGGACACGUGGACCACCUUCAUGAAGGCCAGGCUGAACUGCUCGCGCUCAGGAGAGAUUCCCUUCUACUACAACGAGCUGCAGAGCACCUUCUAUCUGCCCGAGCAGGACCUCCUCUACGGCGUCUUCACCACUAACGUUAAUAGCAUUGCUGCUUCAGCAGUUUGCUCUUUCAAUCUCAGUGCUAUAACCCAGGCAUUUAACGGGCCUUUCCGCUAUCAAGAAAACCCACGGUCCACAUGGCUGCCUACACCGAACCCCAUUCCCAACUUCCAGUGCGGCACAGUGAAUGACAACUCUCCCAAUGAGAACCUGACAGAGCGCAGCCUGCAGGACGCGCAGCGCUUGUUCCUCAUGAACGACGUGGUGCAGCCCGUCUCCGUGGACCCCCUCGUCACUCAGGACAAUGUCCGCUUCUCCAAGCUGGUGGUGGAUAUCGUCCAGGGCAGGGACACGCUGCACCACGUCAUGUACAUCGGGACCGAAUACGGCACCAUCCUGAAGGUGCUGGCUACGUCCAAUAAGAGCCUGCAGGGGUGUUUCCUGGAGGAAAUGCAGCUGCUUCCACUGGGUCAACGAGAACCAAUCCUGAGCCUCCAGAUCCUGCACAGCGAUAGGUCGCUUUUUGUGGGCUUGAACGGGAAUGUGCUGAAGAUCCCGCUGGAAAGGUGUUCCAGUUACAAAACUGAACGUAUCUGUUUGGGUGCCCGGGAUCCAUACUGUGGCUGGGACAGCAAGCAGAGACACUGCACCACUAUUGAGGACAGCUCUAACAUGAGCCAGUGGAGCCAGAACAUCACAGAGUGCCCGGUGAAGAACUUAACUGUGAACGGUGCUUUUGGGCCCUGGUCACCAUGGCAACAGUGCAAGCACGAUGACGGCGACACUACCGGGGCCUGCAUGUGCCGCUCCAGGUCAUGUGACAGCCCGCCCCCUCUCUGCGGAGGCAGUGACUGUGAGGGACCCACCAUGGAGGUCUCCAACUGCUCCAGGAAUGGUGGCUGGACACCAUGGUCAUCGUGGGCUCAGUGCAGCACUACGUGUGGGAUAGGCUUCCAGGUCCGGCAGCGAUCCUGCAGUAACCCCUCCCCGCGGCACGGGGGCAGAGUCUGUGUGGGGCAGAGCCGAGAGGAGAGGUUCUGCAAUGAGAAUAAUCCAUGUCCAUUGCCCAUAUUUUGGUCAUCAUGGGGAUCGUGGAGCAAAUGCAGCUCGGAGUGUGGCGGAGGGAUACAUUCCAGAAUCCGGAACUGUGAAAACGGGAACAGCUGUCCAGGGUGUGCUUUGGAGUACAAAGCCUGCAACCUGGAGUCGUGUCCGGAGGUGAGACGGAGCACUCCGUGGACUCCUUGGAUGCCAGUGAACGUCACGCAGGCCGGGGUGCGGCAGGAGCAGAGGCUACGCUACACCUGCCGAGCUCAGCUGGCCGACCCCCACGAGCUGCAGUUCGGAAAGCGCAAGGUGGAGACUCGCUUCUGCCCCAGCGACGGCUUCUCUGCUUGCGAAACUGACUCUCUGGUUGAAGAUCUGCGGAGGAGUGGCCAGCCCUCAUCUCGCAGUGCUAACGGCGGCUGGUCGAACUGGUCGGGCUGGUCCUCGUGCUCCCAGGACUGCGAGACAGGCUACAGGACCAGGAAGAGAACCUGCACCAGCCCUGAGCCCAGGAACGGGGGGCUGCCCUGCGUGGGCUCGGCUGUGGAGUACCAGGAUUGCAACACCCAGCCCUGCCCUGUGAUGGGAGCCUGGUCCUGCUGGUCCUCAUGGUCCCAGUGCUCUGCCACGUGUGGAGGUGGGCACUACCAGCGCACUCGCACCUGUACCAACCCAGCACCCGCAAACGAGGGAGACAUCUGCAUUGGGCUUCACACCGAGGAGGCUCUCUGCAACACACACCCCUGUGAAGGUGGCUGGACGGACUGGUCUGAGUGGAGCCUGUGUAAUGAGGAAGGUCUGCAGCUCCGCAGCCGGCACUGUGAGGUUCACAACCCGGGCUCCUCUCAGUGCCUCGGGAACGGCACGGAGCACAGGGAGUGCAUGUACAACGAGAUCCCAGUGAUCCUGCCAGCAUCAAGUUUCGACAAGAACCUGCAAUGUGGAGGUUACAGUCUGGUUCACCUGAUUGCCACUGGUGUUUCCUGCUGCAUUGGUGCCAGUCUGCUGACGUACCUGAUCUAUGCGUACUGGCAGAAGUGCCAGAAACAGACCCAGGAAUCAGCGGUGAUCCACCCGAGCACGCCCAACCAUCUGAACUACAAGGGGAACACCACGCCAAAGAAUGAGAAGUACACGCCCAUGGAGUUUAAGACUCUGAACAAGAACAAUUUGAUUCCAGAUGACAGGUCUAACUUUUACUCCUCCCCUUUGCAACAAACCAACGUUUACACGACCACCUAUUACCCAGCGACUGUGAAUAAAUACGACUACAAGCCUGAGUCCUCUCCCGGCAGAGCCUACACCAACAGCUGAGAGCGCCGCCCCCCUGCUGCAGACUGGAUCUUCAUAUUUCUAUCAUUUCUUUUAACACAUCCACUUCUUCAGGAGGGCUUGUGGGCUGCUUUUUAAUGUACUGGGGGCUGUAUGGAACUGUACAAACAGACUGUAGCCUGGGCAAAUGGAUACUGGAACAAUACAUUACACUUGUGGACUUCUCAAUUUGAAGAUGGUACUUUCAUGAAGAAUAUUCUCCUUCUGUCAAUGAAAACAAAAUGCAUCAAUAUUGGACUGUUCCUCUGACAGCCCUGGAGCUGCUGCUGCUGCUUUAAACUUUAAGGAUGGCUGUUGGACUGAAGAUGCUGCCGUCUGCUCCUGAGUUAAGGAUUUUAUUUACUUCUUUUAAAAAGUCCUUGAAAGAGCAGCAGUUUGGAAGUGCUUUCGCACCAGGGUAGCCCUGCUUGCUCACUGCGGUAUGAUUUUGAUUGUAAAGAGGAAUUGCCAUUGUUCAGUAAUAUUGCUAACAAAAGAAGUUGAAUGGUUUUCAAUGCCACGGUACUUGCCAAAAAAGCCUAAACUUUGACCCCUGUGUAUUGUAUUCUCUCGAGCUGCGUGCGAGUCCGCGGUUUCCCAUUCUAAUACGGUACACUGGGAGUGGAUAUAUUCCAUACUGUAGAAAUAGCCUUCUCCAAACACAAUAGAUUUGAUUGCUUAGAGCUUGUUGUAUUUCUAAGGUACUUACCAUUAUCAGAUUUCAGCUGUUGUCUUCCAGCAAGUAUAAUAAUUGAAAUUAGCAAACAUGUCUGCUUGAGUUGCAGUGAAUCCUGUUCAUGUAUUGGCUGCUGUCUGUUGCCACAUUCUCAGGACAGUGUGUGUGCGUGUGUGUGUGUGUGUGUGUGUCAGUGUGUGUGUC